AUGCAGAAGUUGCUCUCUGAGAAACCCUGCACUUGUCUUGCAUUUCUUUAUUUAAAUGGUAAUGCACCUUUAGUUGUCUACUGUUGCAGUAUACUCUGGUGUAGCUUGAUCAUGGGGAGUGAAGCGACGAUAAAAUUACCGGAAAAUGUGACUGUCCCGGGAUUGAUAGUGUUUGGAGACUCGAUAGCGGAUCAGGGAAACAACAACAACCUUAGCUCCGUCAUGAAGUGCAAUUUUCCUCCUUAUGGCAUCGAUUUCACGGGUGGCUUGGCUACAGGGAGGUUUACCAAUGGCAGAACACCUUCGGAUAUGAUAGCUGCGGAAUUAGGAAUUAAAGAGCUUGUGCCAGCAUACCUGGACCCUUCUCUACAGAUGAAAGAUUUGUCCACAGGUGUCAGCUUUGCUUCUGGUGGCACAGGAUAUGAUCCCCAGACAUCUAAGCUAGUGUCAGUUGUGCCAUUAUCAGAUCAACUGGAAAUGUUUAAGGAAUACAUUGGGAAGUUAAAAGCUUCGAUUGGAGAAGAAAACACGACACACGUUUUAAAUAACAACAUUUUCUUGCUAGUAGCAGGCAGUAAUGACCUUGCAAAUACCUAUUUUACACUGAAACUUCGAAGCUUCCAAUAUGAUAUUCUUUCCUACGCUGAUCUUUUAGUUGCUUCCGCUUCUGAUUUCGUACAGAAAAUUUAUAAACUUGGAGCACGAAGGAUUGGUAUAUUUGGUGUUCCACCAGUGGGAUGCUUACCAUUCCAAAGAACUCUAGCUGGAGGAAACUCUAGAAUUUGUGUAGAUACUUACAACCAAGCAGCACAAGUGUACAACUCCAAGCUCUCAUCCCAGCUAAAUUUCCUCGGAAACAGCCUUCCUCAAGCAAAACUAGUCUAUGUCGACAUCUAUAACCCUCUGAUAGAUAUUAUCCAGAACCCCCAAGAUCAUGGGUUUGAUGUUGUGGAUAAAGGUUGCUGUGGUACCGGUGACUUGGAAGUGGUGGUGUUAUGUAACAAAUGGAGCAGGGUAUGCCAAGAUAAAUCCAAGCAUUUGUUUUGGGACAGUUAUCAUCCUACAGAACAAGGAUAUAAGGUUCUUGUCGAUCUUAUUCUGAAGGAUUAUAUCAAUCAAUUUUUCUGAUAGAAUAGUACUGGCAUGUAUAUCAAAAUCAUCAGUUUAUCUGUUUUCUGAAUCCAUAGGUGCUACUAAAUUACGAUUAAAUUCUUAACUAUAAGAACAUUGCAUUAUUCUCA